UCAGCUCGCACAGUUUCGUCCGUCACUCUUGUCGACGGAGUUUGUUUGAAGUGGUCCUCCAGCAGCCUUCAGAAUGCGUCGUCUGACGUAGCGCCGUACGACUGAAUAAGGAUUCCAUCGAACUCUGGAAUCGUAAGAGGAAAUGGACGGUGGUAGGUGUGUGAGCGUUUAUAUCUGUUCGACGAUGAGCACGAUCGGGUCGAAAUAGGUUCGGGAUUUAGCAUCAUGUGAAUGAUGAUGAAUGCAUCCCAUCGGUAUUUCCAUGGUGCGUGCGUGAAUGGUUACACACAUACACACACACACACCCCGUUCGCCCUCAUCUAAAUAACGCCCGCAUCUCUUUCGUUCCCUCGUCGUGUAUAGUUUUGUGAGCAAGUCGACGACUGCGAGUCCAUAAAAAGGAAGAGGUCGCGCACCGCAAAUUCGCUAGGAGUCUUCUAAUAUCGUCAGUCGUACAAUUAUACGCAGCAUGACGCAGCCUAUCAUACACGUAAUGAAGAACUGAUGAAACUGAAUCACAAUUACGAGAUUGAAGGCAAAGGACGAUGGACCCAGUCAGUAAAAAACAGGCGGUUAAUUCGCCAGAAAUUGCGUUGGCUAGCGAGGUGUUCGAUCAGUUUUGCAAUGCCACUACAUUAAAGUCUAUCCUGGGCUAUUACAGACAUUUGUGCGAAUUGCUAAAAGUUCGACCGACCGUUAUUACUCAGUUUUAUCCAAAAUUGAAGGCAAAGCUACGAUCAUGGAAGGCACAAGCGCUAUGGAAAAAAUUCGAUCAACGAGCUAAUCACAAAUGUUAUAAUCGUGGUAAAGCAUGUCCGAACACAAGGAUUUUGAUCAUCGGUGGAGGUCCAUGUGGCUUGCGGACAGCUAUAGAGGCACAACUAUUAGGAGCCAAAGUCGUGGUGAUGGAGAAAAGAGACCGAAUGUCUAGGAACAAUGUUUUGCAUUUGUGGCCCUUUGUCAUCCAGGAUCUGCGAGGUUUGGGCAAAAAAUUCUUUGGAAAAUUUUGCGCAGGUGCCAUUGAUCACAUCAGCAUUCGACAAUUGCAAUGUAUUUUACUGAAAGUUGCUUUGAUUCUCGGUGUCGAGUUUCAUGAAAGCGUGAGCUUUGAUUCCUUGAUUCAACCACCGGAAAAUCAAGAGGAUGGCAAGAUUGGUUGGAGAGCAAAAACGUUACCAGUGGAUCAUCCAGUUUCUCAAUACGAGUUUGAUGUAUUAAUUGGAGCUGAUGGCAAGAGGAAUACUUUAGAAGGCUUUAAGCGAAAAGAAUUUCGAGGGAAAUUAGCCAUUGCAAUAACUGCGAAUUUCAUAAAUAAACGAACCGAGGCAGAGGCUCGUGUUGAAGAGAUCAGUGGUGUUGCCUUUAUUUUUAAUCAAAAGUUUUUUAAAGAAUUGUAUCAAGAAACGGGAAUUGACUUGGAAAACAUUGUAUAUUACAAAGAUGACACACAUUAUUUCGUUAUGACUGCUAAGAAACAUAGUUUAAUCGACAAGGGAGUUAUUCAGCAGGAUCAUGCUGACACCGCAAAAUUACUCGCGAAAGAGAACGUGGAUCGCGAGGCAUUAAUGUUGUAUGCACGAGAAGCGGCCGAAUUCUCGACGGAAUAUCAAAUGAUGAACAUGGAAUUUGCUGUGAAUCAUUAUGGCCAACCGGACGUAGCCAUGUUCGACUUUACUUCAAUGUACGCGGCAGAAAAUGCGAGUCGCGUAUUGCAACGUCAUGGACAUAAACUACUUAUGAUUCUUGUAGGCGACAGCCUUUUAGAGCCAUUUUGGCCCACUGGUUCUGGUUGCGCGAGAGGAUUCUUGAGCUCUCUGGAUGCUGGUUGGGCAAUCAAGGGUUGGGGUGCUUCACUUUCACCAUUAGAAGUAAUCGCUGAGCGCGAGUCGAUAUACAGAUUGUUGGGACAAACAACACCAGAAAAUUUGAAUAGAGAUUAUGCUGCGUACACCCUUGAUCCUCACACUAGGUAUCCAAAUCUUAAUGUACGUUCUGUAACUCCAAUACAAGUAUGCAGUCUUCUUGAUGCAGAUGAUCUUGAAAGUAUCAAACAACCUGCGAUACAGUCUGAGGCUGAUGUUCCAAAGAAACGAAGACGUCGCGAAUUGAGAGAUGCUCAGAUUCAUCCAGACACGUUACUUCGUUGGCUAAAAAAGCAAGUUGCACUGUACGAUAAAGUUCAUAUUGAAGAUAUGGGUGCCUCCUUCAAAGAUGGUUUAGCUCUGUGUGCAAUCAUUCAUAGAUACCGUCCAGAUCUAAUAAAUUUUUAUAGCUUAAAUGCGGAAGAUGUAGUAAAGAACAAUCAACUCGCCUUCGAUAUGUUGGAAAAAGAAUUGAAUAUACCAUCGAUAAUGACAGGAGAAGAAAUGAUUCAAUGUGAUGUUCCUGACACACUUACUAUGUUUUCUUACUUAACACAAAUAUAUGAAGUUUUCAGAGGCGAGAUUCCGUAUGUCAAGCAUCCAAAAUUGGAGCCAGAAGCAGAGGAAUGCAGCGCACAUCCAAAACAACUGAAACAAUUGACACCUGAGGAAAAAGCUAUGAAAAGGCACUCGCGCUCGCGAUACUGUAAUGAAAAUGUACAGUCUUACGUAGACAAGAAAGAAAAUGUAACUAGUCGACGUUCUCGAAAAAGGCGCAGUACUGAGAAAAUGAGUGCAACAAUGGACGAAAGACAGAAAAAAAUCGAUGAGAUCGAAAAGCAUCGAGCCGAGCGUAUGAAGAAGCGUCAAUAUUUGCGUAAGAUGGCAACGCAACAAUUCUACAAAAGCAUGCAAAUGCUGCAAGCCAAUGCGAAACACGAGAAAGACGGGCCGUUUGAAGAUUAUGCGAUUUUCUUAUAUCGUCAAACUGCGCCAGAUUUCAAGGACAGAGUAAAAGAUCUAGAGCAGAAAAUACUCUACCCAGACAGACAACCCAAGAUACACAUCGGCUACGAAAAAGGAAGUGUGGACGAAGAAUUUUCGGGAAGAAUAAAAGAUUUUGAAGAUAAAUUAAAAGGGGCAACAUCUUCCGAGAAGAAACCUAGAGAUCUUUUACGUGCCAUCGGUAAGAUCGAGAAGACGGACUGGAACGUGAAGGAGAUCGAGAAGAAAAUCGAGGAAAACAAAAUGGGCCGUGCCAUUCGUCAGGAUCGCGUAGAAAGAGUGCCAAAGUGGAGUCGCGAGCAGUUUUUAGCUCGGCAGAUCAAGAUGGAAAAGCGAGGCAACGAUCAAAGGGACACCUACAGUAAGUACGCUGAUAUAGAUAAUACCCUGAAGAAUAUAGGGAAGAAAAUCCGAGAGGGUAACGUGCUCGGACACAAUAAAGUUUCAGCUAUGGCUGAACAGUUUUUGAAUAAAAAUCAGGAUACGGAACCCAAGCUGCAGAAAUCGAAUACUAAAUCCACCAUCGUGCUACCGGUGCAAGGAAGUUCAGAGAUGUGCCAUUUUUGCAAUAAAAGGGUUUAUUUAAUGGAAAGACUGAGUGCGGAAGGCAAAUUCUUUCAUCGUGGUUGUUUUCGAUGCGAAUAUUGCUCCACUUCCUUAAGAAUAGGAAAUCAUACGUUUGAUCGAGAGAAAAAUGGAGGGCGUUUUUAUUGUACUCAACACUUUGGAUUAUCAGGAACGAUGAAAACUAGAGCGGAGAAGAAGAGAAUUAAUUUGUUGAAUAAAGAAAAUGUACCUAAUGCCGGGAUUACAUUGAAAACUCCAGAAAAGGGCAAAAUACCAUUGGAAGGCAUUGUUGGGCUCGAUCUUCUUGAUCGUGGUCAAACUCCAGAGAGAAUUGAAUUCGAAAAUCUAGCAGAAAUAUCAGAUCCUGAGGAAGCUCACAGUCAAAUGGACGAAGACGAGUGGACAGACAGAAAUUUUGGUGUUUCUACUGCAGAAAUGGGGUCCAGUGAUGAUAUUUCUAAUAUGAGUGAUUCUGACGAAGAUGAUGAAAUAUUUGAAGAAGCUAUAGACCAGCCGCUAACAACCGAAGGAACUCUCGAGUUGGCUAAAAAUUGGACACUGCGCUAUUCUUAUCCACAUGCUACAAUCGGACAAUCGGACACUGGCAGCAACGAAUACGAAGACUCUAGUGAUGAAUAUACUAGCGAAGAUGAUGAAAGCGGCACUGCGACCGAAGAUGAGGAGGACAUACGUGCUCGAGAACUUCGAAAACAAGAAGUGUGGUUGAAGGUGCCACCCCGCAGUUCUGAUACCGAUACUGGCUCGGAAACAGAGGUUGCAUCGUCGGAGGAGGAAUCGACCGAAGAGAGCGCAGAAAACUCUGCGACGGAGAUCUCGACCGAUUCGGAAUUCGAGCACGACGAGGCGACUCCGACGCAGCACGAGAUUCCGGAGAUCACCAUCAACGACUCGUACGUCCGGAAAACGAGAGGCACUUACGUUGAGCCGAAGAAGGUACAAAUAAAGAGCAAGAUUAUCUCCUCGAUCAACAGCAACCUGAAGCAGGAUAAGAAGCAGGAAGAAAACAUCAUCGAGCAGCUGACAAAGGACAACGAUAAGUACCAGCCGAAGGUCGAGGUGAACUGUAACACGUCGGCCAACGUCGACACGAAUACCCGAACACCAUUGCUGAAUCCUCGAAAGGGCGAUUAUCUUCUUAAUCGCACUCAUUCUACUGGAGGAAUUGCCUCGAGGCUCUCUUUGGAAUUGAAGAAACGUUAUCUGCUGGGCGGAUCAGCCUUGAGCGGCUCCGUCGUCAAGUCAGGAUCGACGUCGAACGUGGACACAAAGCUGAGAAACUUCACCGACGCGAUUUCUCAGCACCAGAAGCUGCUAAACCCAGCGCCAGAACCUAGCCCCACCAUGCAGGCGUUUCUUCAAGGUACUAGUAAGCUGCGAACCAACAAUGCGCCACUUUCACCGUUGUCGCCUACAAUUUUAUUUUCCCGACAAAUUUCAACCGAUCGCUGCCGAAAUUUAUCAAACGACAUCGCGUACAAGCCGACGAGCACUCCGACAGAAAUGUCCAAGGCACAGCACUUACCUGACUUGGUGAAGGAAUCUAAUAUCUUGAAAUCAAAGACAGCACCUGUUAUCUGUAACGAGUCCUUGACAAAAGACAGAGAGUUAAUCGACAAGCCAGGCUUUCAUCAAACUAACAAUUUGACAAAGGAUUCUACGGAGGAUACAAAAAGCUCGCAGACCACGGAGAAGAUUCUUCUGAGCAACGUGGAAGAAGCUAACAACGGUUUCCGACCGCGUAGUCCCCUUCACGAGACAUCCAUUGUCGUCCCACAAGUGGACUGGAACCAGAAGAAGAACGAGAACAAAGACGCCAGUUCGGACGACUCCGAGAUAGACAGCGACUCGUUGUCCUCUUCCGAUUCUAACGAAGCUGUUGAGAACGAUCAGUUUGCCCCUAUAAAUCUUUCGCCGCCCAGAUUACAGAUUCAUAGCACCGACGGUGAUCUUCUGCUGGACGAGGAAGCUGAUCGAUACAAGCAUUACGAUCCUGACGACGGCCAGACUUUCGAGCCGGACUCCAUCGAGGUGUCCUUUCUUCAAGAUCGUCGAUUGAAUCCGUCGAGUAUGGAUUCAUCGAUAGACAACGCUUGCACUAUCGAAACGUUGAACAAUAAUAUGGAACAAUUGGGCUUGCGGGACGACAAUAAUAAGAAAGACUGCAGCAGUUCUUCCGAGGCCUCGAUGUCCAACAAGCAAGAUGACUCCGAAGAGAACGACAUCACCACCGCGGCGUUCACUGAGACAGAAUUCUCCGAAUGGGCUCGCGACGGGGAGGCUUUGGUCUCCGACGACCUCCGCGACGUGGAGCUCGACAUCAAUCCUAAUUUCAUCACUGUGCGAAGAAAUAAUCUCAGGUUGACUUCCACGCCUGUCAGAAUCGCCAAGGAGGAAGACACGGAGCUUGAAUAUUCCAGGCUCGAUCAGCUGAUCGAUCAGUGCUCGUAUCCGAACAGCACGUCCAACUUAUUGGUCAACGGCGAGGACAUUAAUUACAUGGAUACGGACAAUGAGUCUCUGUUGGAUGACAGUCUCCAGGACGCUUCCAACAUCGCGAUGCUGAGAAACCGAGGUUAUAUCGAGUUCGUGAAUGUCAAGACGGCCCUUUCUAAUGUCCCUAUUACUAAUAAGACGUCUGAUGCGCCUAUAGCGAGAUUGGAUCUGGAAAACGAUUCCUACAGCGAAGAGGAGGAGGGUUACAAGGAUGCCAAUGUGAUCGAAAUUGAUCCUGUUACCAUGGAGGAUGUGAUGGGCAAAUUAAACGAGCCGGUGAACAAAUUGAAGACGGAAGUCGAGCGAGACGAAGAGAAGUUGAACGAGGAAGACGCCAGGCAGGAACCUCUGGUUGAAGCUAUAAACAGGGAAGUUAUGUUUCAAUCGAUGGAGGAGGAUAGUUUAUUGAUGAUGGAGCCAGCGGAAGACACGACGACCAGUGAAGUAGUCACGAUACUCGCCAGCCCGGUGAACCCUCAGGUAUCUAUAGUUCCUCUACAGGUAACGGAGAAGCGUGAAGAAGAGUUUCCGGCUGGCAAAGCGGAUUCCAGCAACCCAGAUUACCUGGAAUACGUGAAGAGGCUGCAGUUCAGAAUCGCGGAGUUCAGCAACGCGAAAGAUUCCAUUGACGUGAGGAAAUCAAAGAGCAGAAAGAACUCGAAGAGCAUCGCGCAGGCUUGCAGCGCAGAGAUGAUCGCGGAAGAAAUCAAGUGCCAGGAGGCAACGGCCGCGAAUAACAGCAGUAUUAAUUCACCGGCGACCUCAAGGAAGCUCGAGGAGAUCACCAGGGAGCGGUCGAAGCAGAAGAAUCUUAUUCAGGACCUCUUGAUGGACAAGCUCGAGGCUCACAAACAAAAGUCCGCCGAGAAGAAGGCACGACGAGCCGCCAGAGCCUCGUCCUUCACCACGAUGUUGUCGCCGGUGAAACUGGAAACAUCCGUUGCUUCUACUGGUAGCAAGUUCAUCCCUGCCUCUAUAACAUCGCUAACAAACAGUCCGAGUGACUCGACUUCCAACGGGACGAAUAAAUCGCUGGAUUCUCCAGCGUCUUCGCGUCCGCAGGAGCAACGUGAUCAAGUAGAAGCCAAAGAAAAAAUUCCAAAGAAGGCCGAUCAGAGCCAGUCGCAGACGACGGUGAAAAGACCGACUAGUCUGGAGGAUAUCUUCAAGACGCCGAUCGCGCCGCCAAGAUUUAAGAACGAAGAAGCGAGGAGGACCACCGAGAAGGCUAGGCAGGACGCCAGAGAGCGAGCUAGAUUAAAGAGCGACGAGGAUCUAGGUUUAAGUCCCGAAGACAGGAUCAAAGAGUUGAGAAGGAAGAUGUGUCGAAGACAUCUUUCGAUGGAUGACGCGAAGAAGAGUGAUACUUCAGAAACUGAAAGGGCCAGCUCCAGCACGACAGAUAAUUCCGAGUUGAAAUUACAAACCAGUAAGAGCACUGACAAUAUGAAGAAUAUGACGAAGAAAAUAAAUUUUCAGAAAUUACCGGCAGCUAGCGCGAAAUCCAUGGACGAAUUGUUGAAUACCGCAGGUUUAUCGCUUUCGGAUAACAAUAGUGUAAUUAAGAGAGAUAAGAAGAAGCCAAAAGACUCGGAGAGAAGAAAAAGUAUCAUACAAGCGGUGUCUGAUUUUUUCUUCAAGAAGGAUACCAGUCCAUCGCCCCAGAAAGACAAGCUCUCAAUGUUUCGAAUGACUUCGAAAUCAAAAGAAAAAUUUGACAAAGAUGUCUCGUCAAAAUCUGAUGACCUAAAAGCUUUAAGACCUAAAAGUAUGUGCGAAGACAUGCUUGUACGAAGUUUUCUUACUGAAAAUUCACCACCUGUGCCACCACCACCACUUAAUUACUCUACAUCUACCACUCAAGUAUCAGAUAAUAGUUUGUCAGAUGACGACACAAAAACAGCUGCUUUGUCAACAUCAUGUACGCAAAAAGUUACCGCAACUGAAGAAUCAUGCAGUAGCGUUCCACGUAAAUCAAAGUCUGCUAAAAAAGUAGCUAGACAAGCCCAGUUAAAGAGAUUGCGUAUGGCUCAAGAAAUACAAAGAAAAUUAGAGGAAACCGAAGUGAAACAGAAGGAAUUGGAAAACCGGGGUGUGAGUGUCGAAAAAGCGCUACGUGGUGAAGGAGAUUGUUCCAAUCAUGAAGAAGCCGAUUUACUUAGGGAAUGGUUUGAUCUUAUGAAGGAACGCACAGAGCUGCGUAGAUAUGAAAAAGAGCUUUUAGUACGUGCACAAGAAGUUCAAUUAGAAGAUCGCCAUGAACGAUUGCAACAAGAAUUGCGUGAACGCUUGGCUAAUGACGAUGAUAAGAAGACUAGUGAUGAUGUUAAAAAGGAAGGAGAAAUCUUGACGGAAAUGUUGGAAAUAGUAGCAAGGAGAGAUUCCUUAAUUGCUGUACUAGAAGAAGAACGACAAAGGUACCAGAGUGAAGACCGCGACCUCGAAGCUCAAAUGCUAGCUAAAGGCCUGAGAUUAACGCCAAUAAAGAAAUGUGGUACUAAAUAUUCAGUUUAAAAUAUGAGAAUUACACUGCUGUAUAUAUAUAUUUCUGCUACAAUUUUUUUAUUGUAACACUAGAGAAAAGUAUAAAUAUGUAUACGAUUGUAAAUAAUUUAAGCUAUUAUCAUAUGCAACAUGGAAUUUGAAGAUAGAAGAAUCAUGUAUGCCUAGAACUCUUCUGCCUGUUUUCAAUAUAUUCAAUAUAUAUGUAAAAAAUAAACAUAUCUUUUUUACACAAAUAUAACUGUUUAUUUUUAACGCAAGAAUAAAUGAAGUAUUUAUUUCA